AUGGCUCCUCGUAAUGCGCUUCCCGGCUCCCUCGCCCUUGACGCCGGACAGUCGCUCUUCACAUUCAAAUACUCGACGCCCAACCCGGACCCCGCGAACUGGAUCGGCGUUUACCAGACGUACUAUGGCGGUCCCGAGAACCAAGAGUUCGUCGCCGGCUCUCUGACGUGGGCAUAUGCGCCCAACAGCAACGGCGAGGUGCAGGUCGAUAUCUCAAGUCUGGCUGCUGGCUAUUACAAGGCCUUUUUCCUCGCCAAGGACGGCUACCAGUGGCUUGCGACUCCCAUCGACGUCAUUGUUCCCGGUACUGGGCCAAUCGAGUUCAUCAACGACCGCAUCAUCACCCAGAAUGCGCAGCAGGGAAGUCCCUUCAAGGCUAGUCUUGGUCGCCUGAUUGCCAAUCCCAAAGACAGCAAGACCAGGUUCACCAAGGCCACCACCUAUGGCGCCGACUGGGUUAAACUCGCCUCGGAUGGAACCCUCACUGGCACUCCGGGGCCCAAGGACAAGAGCACCAACUUUGUGGUCCUGGCGACGGCAAGCGAUGGCUCAUCUGCGACAAUCCAGGUCCAGAUCCCCGUUCGUUCCAGCCGUCAGGCGCUCGUCGAAGAGCUCAAGGUCAUGUCCUUCAACAUGUGGUUCGGCGGCACCAACGUCAAGGACUACCACAACAAGCAAGUGCGCUUCCUCAUCAACACAAACGUCGACAUCGUCGGCCUUCAGGAGAGCUGGAAUGGCCAGGCGACUCGUCUCGCUCAGGCGCUCGGGUGGUAUUACUGGCAGAGCCCCAACGAGGUCGGCAUCAUCAGCCGCUACCCCAUCGUCGAGGUUUUCCCAGAACAGUCUGCUGGUGGAUCGAUUCGCAUCGAGCUGGGCGACCCCAAGAGUCAGCUCAUCAUGUGGAAUGUGCAUCUCGGAUUCGACCCAUACGGACCUUAUGAUUUUUGCUUCGACAACAAGCCUCUGGCAGAAGUCCUUAACCGAGAGUACCAAUCCGGCCGUACGCCGCAAAUCAUGGACAUCGUCAGCGCCAUGCAAGACGCCCUAGCUGAAGCUGAUGACAUUCCCGUUCUCAUGACUGGUGACUUCAACGCGCCGUCACACCUAGACUGGACAGAGGCAACCAAAAAGGCCCAUUGCGGUGUUGGCUUUGUUCCAUGGCCAAGCUCCGAGUUUCCCAUUCAAUCCGGGUUGAUUGACUCGUUCCGUGAGGCGCACCCCGACCCCAACGCCGAGCCCGGCAUCACUUGGUCCCCCAUCUACCUCAACAACAGCGGUCGGCCCGAGCCGUUGGAUCGAAUUGAUUUCGUGUACCACAAGGGCCAGAGCCUCAAGGUUCUUCAGUCGGAAACACUCGUCGCUGGCGAGCCCACUCCGGAGCCCAAUCAGAGCAAUAACGAGUGGACGUCAGAUCACGCCGCUGUGAUGACGACGUUUAAGCUUGGAAGUUCCCCCGAGCGUGGAGACCUAUGA